AUGGCUCCCAUCCGCCCCAAUAGGCGCUCGAGGAAAAAGCAAUCCGAGCUUGUGCCCAUCAGUCCGCCGACAACGGGGAACCCAAGACCCAUCCCGUCCAUCUUUUACUCGCCUAUAUCAGAGUCAAAAUUGUUUGGUCCACCAAAGCCCGACCUACCGGUGGUCGACCCGCCAAAGAGUGAUCUACCAAAGCCUGAUCUGCCAAAGCCUGAUCUGCAAAGGCCUGAUCCACCAAAGCCUGAUUCACCAAAGCCUUGUCCACCCAAACCCGAACCACCGAAGGCCGAUUCAGCAAAGGUCGAAGCACCAAAGAGCAAUCCACCAAAGGCAAAUCUAGCGGCAAAGUAUCCGCCACACACUGGGAAUGCGCACAGCCUCUAUCACUCGACGACAAGCCGGCCACUCGCCGACCCGCCAAAGUCUGAUCCACCAAAAGACAGUUCCACAGAUGAUCCGCCUGUUCCAGAUGAACAAGGGGUUGCCUUUCGGAAGGGCUUCACAUACCGCGCCCCUGACAUGAUCGCCAUGGACAGCAAUGGCCGAAACCAGCUCAAGGUUGAGUUCUGGCUUGGAACCCCAGCCGCCCACUUCAUCAAUCUCGAUCUGAGACCUGGUCACACGCCUGGAUACAUCAUGAAUGAUGUAGACCUCACCUUCCGGAUGUACAACAGAACCACGUCGACAAGCGGCGUCACCACAUUCGGUGACAGAAUAUUCCACAGCGAGCCUGACACAGUAUACUGUCUUCAUCUGGAACGUGGUGUGGCUUAUAGCUUUGAUAAUAUUCCCGAUUCAAGCGAAAGUUCAUCCUGCGAAAUGCCCGUCGGAACGAGCCUUCGCAUGAUGAAAGAGCGAUUGGCCUUCCCGAAGAUGGACACACCGCUAUACCACACUUCUACCCCGCAAGCCUCAAGCAGCGCAAGGAGGUGUCGUGAUUAUAUCACGCCUCUACAGUCCGACCCACGAGGAACCCGUUGCACCUACCCAAUAAAAGCAACUGCUGCAGUUCACAAUCAAAAAAACGACACUCCCGCGAACGACGACAAGGACUGGGCAGCUAGUUCUUCCCCGAUCCAAUUCACCCCCUCAACCACAGCCAGCAUAGCCUCCGACGACGAGGACGAUGAUUGGCCUGCGGGCUUUGUCCCAGAACGCCUCCUGUACCACCCCGCACUCCCCGGCGGGCCUAACGAGCUCGGCGCCUUCAUCGCCGCCCACAAUGAAAAACGCAUCUUCGAACGCUGCAACUGCGGCGAGCUCAUACCCAUCGGGGAAGACCAUUGCAGUGUCGAGGCAGGCACAGAUCGCCUGAUGAGAGCUGUCGGCCUCGAUAUUGAGGAUGACUACAGCGUUGCAAAGCGCAUCGCCAUGGACUUCUUCGUUGGGCAUGUGGAGGGCACACCCAUCCAGAUCGACGAAGCCUGGUAUAAAAUGGACCCGCGCGAGUACGUCCAAGCCCGAGACAAGUACGCCGAGGUCAUGAGGCUGAAUGCGCAAGGCAAGCACAUGGAUGACAUGGAGGAGCGGGUGUUGCGGGCGACGAGGAUGGAACUGGUGAGAAUUGGGACAAUCAUGAAGGGGAAGGGGAGGGGGUUGAACGAAGUGAUUCCGGGGAGCAUGGACUUUGCGAAGCGGGAUGUGGUGCGGGAGGCGGGGGAGCCGGUGCUGGAUGCGAGGAGGUGGGGGCUGGAUUUUUCGAGGUGGUGGGUGUGGGAGGAUUUGGGGGGGGAGGAGCCGUUUUUUUAUGGAACGUAUAAUAGUGACGAUGAGUUCAUGAACGAGGCGUGGAGAGGGCACGCGGCGUUUUAA